CCUCCGAGGACCAUUUUGUGUUAAUAACGCGACAUAGCGGUGGUAGUGAUGUAUUUAGUGACCUAAUGUGUGGAAGUGGUGGUAGUAACCCAGGAUGCCUCCAACAGGGGACAUUUAUUUGGGUUGCAUUGAAGUCCUUGCUCGUCCGCCUCGCCCCAGGCUAAACCGAAACCUGCACAAGGGGAAGAAAGUAAGACGAAGGUUGUUUUUAAAGUCCACCUGGCGACGAAAUACCUGUUGAGGUGUGCCAAUAAGUGCAAAGGAAAGAUAGGGAGUGUGUGGUGGAGGUGUGAGGAAGGGAGGGCUGGCGAGUAUUUAUAGCCGAGGUGGUGGUGGUGAGUGCCUUGGCUAGUGGUGUGGUGUGGCCGCCGCCCUGUAACACCACCACCACCGCCGCGCAGUGCCACACCGCGCCAGGUUCAAACUCCUUCUCCCGCACCCACCUCAUUCUCACACACUCAUCCACACGUGAUAAAUCGAUCUACUAACCAUAUGUGCUAACACACUCUAGUCUCUGAUGGUGGUGGGUCGUUUAACCUUCCUUCAGAACUAACUUUCACCAGCUUCAUCACGUCUCUACAACAAACCAAAACUUCGACUUCAUUUUAUAUUAUUUUUUCGUUCAUGAUCUAAAAAAAAAAAAAACACCUUCCGAGGGCUACAGUAUACGUCACCAUGCGUGCUAAACAGAGCAUGAAGGGACAGCAACAACAAGACAAGACCAGUGGUAAGGUUAUAGCUAAGACCAACAGUAGGAGUAAGAAACAGUCGUCACUUAGAGCCCUCCUGAAGAACGGUCUUGCUGAACAUGUCGCCAAGGAGAAAGACAAGACCGAGGAGAAGGAAAUAGCCGCCCAAAACACCAACACAGAAAAUGAGGAAAUUACUCAGACUACCAAUGUUGCCAAGACUAAAGCGACCAGUGUGAAUUCUAGUCAAGAGAAGGAGAAACUGUCGGAGAAAAUUACAAUAACUUCCAACACAGGGAAGGGGAAAAUCACGGCUAUCAACACGGCAAACUCCAGCCCAGCGAAGACCAGUAAAUCUUCUGAUAAAAUCGUCAUCUCUUCCAAUUUGGUUAAGGAAAAGGUGACCCCAGUGUCGUCCCCCUCUAAGAACAAGGCGGCGGUGGAGGGGGAGGAGGAUGAAGAGGAACAAGUUGGCGAAACGUCGAGUCCAGGGAAAGUAACCAAGAAGAAGAGAAUAAAGAAGACAACACCCACGAAGAAAGACACACAAGCGCAGGCCAAACAAGCCAAGAAAACAGCAGGAGGAGAAAGCCCAAAGAAGACCGCAACUCAGGCUAGUAAAAGGAAACCUAAGGCCAGUAACAAGGUGGUUGAUACAUCCGAUAAAGAGAAUGCAGAGAAGACACAGGAAGGUGAGGGCGACCAGUUAGGGGCGAAGGAUAAACCAGAGGAUGACCCGAGUGACGAGAGCACCGACGAGUCUGAAGGUGGGAUGGAGAUCGAUAUUGAGGACCUGAGUGGUGAAGACUCCUCAGACAGUAAAGACUCCGACAAGGAUUCUAAAGACCCCAACGAAGAGCAUAUUAUAGUUCUUAAACAACAUGAAUCAGAUUUAGAUGAGAAUAAUAAACGUAAAAGGUUUAAGUGUGGUAUAUGUGGUAAACUGUCCUCAGCCAAGGCCGAUCUUCUGAAGCACGUCCGCAUCCACACCGGCGAGAGGCCCUUCAAGUGUAAGAUCUGUAAAGCCACCUUCGUCCAGAUCACGGCGCUCAGAGGACACGAAACUAUUCAUACUGGGGAGAAGCCUUUUAGGUGUGAUCUCUGCAACAAGAGUUUCGCCUUAAAAGAUCGCCUGAGGCUCCACAUGAGAGUUCACACGGGAGAAAAGCCGCAUAAAUGUGACCGCUGCGGCCAGACCUUCGCUCGUCGUAGCCAGGUGACCCAACACUGGAGGGUCCACACGGGUGAGAAGGCUUAUGGAUGCGCUGAGUGUGGCGCGCGCUUCGCCUCUUACCACACCCUCAAGGGCCACCUCUUGGCUCACCGCGGUGUGAAGGAGUUCCAGUGUGGCGCCUGUGGCAAGAAAUUCAUCCGUGUGGAAGGAAUGUACAAACACAUCCGUACUGUUCACCGCGGGUCGCGCCCCUACACCUGCAACUUGUGUGGGAAGGCCUUCAAGGGCCACCUGCAGCAGCACAUGAGACUUCACCUCGGCAUGCGGCCCUUUGAGUGCACCACCUGCGGGGCGACCUUCACACAGAACUCUCAGUUAACUGUACACAUGAGGAUCCACACGGGCGAGAGACCAUACAAGUGCCAAAUAUGCGGGGCGGCGUUUGCACAUUCAUCAGCUUGUAAAAUCCACAUGCGCUCCCAUACGGGAGAAAAGCCAUUCCAGUGUGUGUUGUGUAGUGCGGCGUUCUCUCAGCUCCCCCACCUGAAGAAGCACAUGAAGUGUGUCCACAACGCCGCCAAGCCUUACUUGUGCACAAUCUGUAAAGAUUUCUUCCAGACCCAGAAUGAGUUAGAGAACCACGAGCGUACAGAACACGGCAUAGAUAAGACGGCGGAGCAAGAGGCUGAGGAGAUCGUGGAAGAGUCCACUCUGGCUCGUCUCCGUAACCGUCUGGCCGUACUCUUAUAUCGCAUCUCCUCUGAGGAGAGACGGUGUAAAUUCGGCUUCGGCAGCCGGCUGGUGGACGACGUGCUGAAGUUGUCACUGGAGUCAUCUGGCCACGAACCCAUCAACGACAAGGCGCUCUCUCGUCUGGACGAACUACGCAAGAACGUCCUCCUCCUGCUGAAGUGGACCAUCCCGAAGGAGACGAUGGAGGAAUACCACAAAAACAACAUGACGGUCGACGAGGUCCUCGACAUGUUAACUUCUUAAUGACAAAGUGUUUAGGCAGGUAAAUCUUAUAUUCUCUCACCUGGUGUCAUAGUCUUGAAAAGUUACACAAAAGUCAAAAUGUCUGAAGCUUAAAGACUGUCAACACAGAUUUUGUAUUACUUUUUCUAGCCAAGAAAAGUUUGGAAUUAAUUCUUCUGUGUGUCGGGCGGAGACAGCACAAGUCAACCUUAUUAGGCUGUCAGAUUAUUUUGUAAAGUGAUCAACUGUGCAAUGUCGCUAUUUUAAUAUUAAUGACGUCUCCUCUAUGCACUACUGUACCAUUUGUCAACGUUUGCACUGAUGCUGCUGAAGCUCUCCGUCUGUCUCUGUACAAUACAGUCGAAUACUCUGUUAGUUUACCUUAGUGGUUUUUUUUUUAUUUAUUGAAGAAAUUUGAUGUCAGAUUUAGGCUGUGUUGGUGCACCUCCGCCCUGUUGUGUCAUAUUAUCCUGUACAGUGUAUCAAUCAUUAGGUUAACUUCAUGGAUCACCUGAAUAUUAGACACCCCACUAGUUUAUUUCACCUUUAACCACCCUAACAUUAACCCCCCCCCUCUUCCCCAGGUAGCAUUAGGGUGUUUAAUCCUCAGGUGAAAUAAGCUCAUGGGGGGAGCUAAUCUUCAGGUGAACCAAACUUAUUUAUUAUGGACAAACCCUGAAUUCACUGUUGCCAUAUGUGAGCCCUCGAUAUUAUGUGACCUGAACACAUACUAAGUUCAGGGUCCGUUGAGGCCUCAUCAUCAUUAGCUUAGUAAGUUUGUCUACAGCGUGUGAGAGGUGUGUACGUCCCACUCUGUGUACGUCCCACUCUGUGUACGUCCCAUCCUGUGUACGUCCUAUCCUGUGUACGUCCCACUCUGGUUGGACAACAACAAAAUUUCUCUCCUCACUUCCACACCUUUCCGUCUCCCCCUCUCUCUCCUUUCCCCCUUCCUCCUCACCUCCUCCCCUUCCUCCUCACCUCUCCCCCUCCACCCCUUCUCCCCUUCACCCUCCUACACUAGCUAGGGGGUCACGUUACACACCUCUCACUCAAUGGAUGAUUCAACCAAUAACCGUAAUGAUAAUUGAUGGUUCUUACGUGUAAUAACCAAAGUGCAAUAACUGUGUUCUGAAUACCCCUUGUGUGUGUGUGUGUGUGUGUGUGUGUGUGUGUGUGUGUGUGUGUGUGUGUGUGUGUGUGUGUGUGUGUGUGUGUCCAUUCUUGUUCUAGUCAUAACUUGUGCCAUGAGGAAACUAAACCCCACCUAAAGUUUUUGUAUAUUGACGAAAGAAUUUAGUUGUUGUAUGUUUUUAUUAUUAUUUCUCUAUGUUGUAAGAUUUAAUGGCACUCUUCUAAACUAGAGUGCCAUUAGAAUUAACAUGGUGCCAUAUAUCCAAGUUAGUGCCAUAGAUCGGUGCCAUUAGAUCAAACAGGGUGCCAUUAGUUCAAACAAGGUGCCAUUGAAUCAAACAGGGUGCCAUUAGGUCAAACAGGGUGCCAUUAGGUCAAACAGGGUGCCAUUAGUUCAAACAAGGUGCCAUUGAAUCAAACAGGGUGCCAUUACGUCAAACAGGGUGCCAUUAGUUCAAACAAGGUGCCAUUGAAUCAAACAGGGUGCCAUUACGUCAAACAGGGUGCCAUUAGGUCAAACAGGGUGCCAUUACGUCAAACAGGGUGCCAUUAGUUCAAACAAGGUGCCAUUAGAGCAAUCAAAUUCACCUAGAUUGUUUUGUACACACAUGACCUGAUUCAAGAUAUGGGUCAUGGAAAUCGGCAUUGACUUGAGGGAAUCUUUUGUAGUGUUGGGAAAUGUACUGACGAUCUAAGACGAUCCCCAAGCCGAAGGAAUAACUCACAUUAACUCAUUUAUAACCAAUUUCACGAUAUCUUGCUGAAAAAGACUCCUAUUAACCUAUUUUACGACCAAUUUUACGAUAUCUUGCUGAAAGAGACUCAUAUUAACCUAUUUUACAACCAAUUUUACGAUAUUUUGCCGAAAAAGACUCCUAUUAACCUAUUUUACGACCAAUUUUACGAUAUCUUGCCGAAAAAGACUCCUAUUAACCUAUUUUACGACCAAUUUUACGAUAUCUUGCUGAAAGAGACUCAUAUUAACCUAUUUUAUAACCAAUUUCACGAUAUCUUGCCGUAAAAGACUCACAUUAACCCAUUGUAUCACCAUAUCAACCAAGUUCCUAUAUUUUAAACUUAUCUUCAACCAAUUGUCAUCAUAAGUCAGGUCACGUUCUGAGUCCUCCAAAUGUUUAAGAUGUGGGUAUUGUCCACCUGAGACCAGAUAAAAAGACCGAGAUGUUUAUUUUGUGUUUACCUGAAUACUUUGAUGAUGAAGAUGUUUGUGUGUAGUGAAUUAAGGAAACAUUAUCCUAGUCUUGUUAUUGGUGCUGUGCGUUAUGGCAAUAUUUAUUUUGUGUACUCUUGUGAUUUGUUUGGUAUUAGGAUGAAGUUAGAGGGUGAGUGAUAAGUCUUUGUUCACCUUAUAUACUGGAUUUUAUUGUCAUUGUUUGGUUCUUGUGUUAUAUCCACCUUGUUAUAGUGAAACUUUUAUAAAACGGAUUAUUUUAAGAGAAAAGUCCGUUAUUUGGAGGGUUCGUUAAAUGUGAACCUCCAUUUAACGAAUUAUAGAUGAAAGUCCAUUAUAUCGAGAGAAAGUCCGUUAUUUGGAGGUUUCACGGUAUAAUAAGGUAUAUAAUUAUGUACGUAUAACAAGAACAAUUACAGUGUUUGUUAUAGGUACACAAGGACUUCUUUUGUUUUGGCUUCGGUAGAAAGUAUUUGUUUUAAAUUGUCUUUGUAAAAUUAAACCUGUAUUUUUUUAUAGUAUGGAAGAAAAGUAAGAUAAAGUUUUGUUUUAUUAUUUAUGUAGUUUAUCAUUAUUUUGGUUUAACAGGACAAAAUUAUUAUAGUUUUAGAAUUUGUUUGUUUUGCUUGUAGUUGUUAACACGCUGCAGAUAUAUGUUGUUUUUUCUUGAUUUAUUUUUUUGGUUCGUGAUAAUUUUCGUAAGUGUAAGUGAAAUGUUUUUAGUUAGUUGUAGGUUAAAAUUGGCACCUCUCUCUCUCUCUCUCUCUCUCUCUCUCUCUCUCUCU